GCGGGGCGCUGUGUGGGAGGGCAACGCAAACGUACCUUUCUACAACUAGCUCAUUGUACGUUUUGGGCCAAAAUCAACUGCAAUUAGAAGACGGGGCACCUUGGCAAAUUUGCACCUUCAGGACGCUUCGUUCAUCUCCGUGUCAAGCAAAGCGUGCGUGCGUGCGUGCUCCCUCUUCCUCGCGCAGCCUCCAGCCUCCUCCUCCUCCUCGUCGCCAUGACUGACAGGAAGGCCGUCAUCAAGAACGCCGACAUGUCCGAGGACAUGCAGCAGGACGCAGUGGACUGCGCCACGCAGGCCAUGGAGAAGUACAACAUCGAGAAGGACAUCGCCGCCUACAUCAAGAAGGAGUUCGACAAGAAGUACAACCCCACCUGGCACUGCAUCGUGGGUCGGAACUUCGGCAGCUACGUGACUCACGAGACCAAACAUUUCAUCUACUUCUACUUGGGCCAAGUCGCCAUCUUGCUCUUCAAGUCGGGCUGAGACCUUUAGUUUCCUUUUCACCCCGGUUUUCCUGUUUUUUUUAAUUUAAUUUUCCUCUCUCCUCAAAGCAUUUGGAGGCUAACGCAUCUCGUACUCUAAGAAUAAUUACAACAUAACAAAAUGAUGCGACGCUACGUGGCCGACAUCUUCAUUUCGUGCGUACGUCCAAGAAGAUGCGUUGGCGGUUGCCUUUUCAGUGCAACACGUUUUUUUUGUUUUGUUUUGUCAAUAUUGUUGAAUUCCGAGUUGUUGAGGAGGUAAAAUGGUGGCCCCCGAUCGUGUAAUAAAGGAAGAUGUAGUGCUUUUUCAUUUGAAGCUUAUUGAGUAACGGGAUUUUUAAUCAGCGCAUCGGCAUAACAAUCAGCGCGAAUUUCUUUACAUAGACCAAAAAAAACAAAUUUAAAUUAGUGCUCCAAUUUGGUAGACCGCGUGUGAGGAUUUUGGAUUGCCGUUAUUUUUGCGUCGCGUCGAAACACGGUCGCAAUUAGCGGCUUGCUUGAAGAUUCUGGAUCUUGUCAGUUUCCUUCCAAAUUUGACAAUUAACAUCAUUAUUUGUAGUAUUGAAACAAUCCAAUCUUAAUGAUAAAGCUUUUUUUUUUUUUUUUUUUUUUUUUUUUUUUUUUAAAUUCAAAUACAAAACUUUAAAAAGAUCAGAUAUGUUCUAUAAAUGGCUGUAGCAUUGUUUUAAUUGACAUUUGUCGAUGAGCGUGUUCAAUAACGCCGAUUUACUCUGUGUCAAAACAUUGCCACAACUGCACAGUUAGAGCUGAUUUAUUUGUUUUAACUCAAAAACAACAACUAGAGUGCUCUAAUUUUGGUUUGAACAGCGCACAUCAUUGUCAUAUUGAAGCAUCCGCACGUUUGAAUUGGCGCACAUUUAUUUCCUGAAAUUAUUAAUACAAAACUACAGUGCCCAAGUUUGGUAGAAGACGUCAGAGGAUUUUGAGUUAUUUAAAUUCAAUUUAAUUUUUAUUUUUUUAAAUUAAUGCAAUCGCUAAUUUUCGUCAUUUUUGUAUUCAGAAAUGGUCACACCUUUAAAAAUGAAAACUAACUUGUUUAUUUAAUAAUAAAAAAAAAAAAAAACUAGUGCUCCAAUUUGGAUUAAGAUGUCGGUUAAAAAUGUUCCUUUUGCAAUUUGUCGUUGAACGUGAUCCUUAACAGCAAUUGUAAUUUUCUUUGUCAUGUCAGCACCUUAUCAUAAUGAUUAGCGCUAAUUUGCUUAUUUAAAUAAAAAUAAAAAACGGUAAUACGUUUCUGCGCGACUAUUUUUCCCGCAAUGUGAAGCGAUGACGUUUUGGAGCGCUUUGGUUUGUCGCUUGAAGAUCCGAUCGUCUCCCAGCGUCGUUCGACUAACCGAUUGCGAGACUUUUGCUCAUUCUGCGUCUCCGCGGGUUUUCCAGACGAAUAGCACAAUUCUUUCCUCGUGUAUGUUGACAAAACAAGCGCACACUAUGUAUCACACGUGUCCCGUAAGACGAUUUAUCAUUGCAAAAUUCUGCAGCUAGCUCGCAUCAGGUGCUCGUGUGGUCUAACGUGGCAUCGCUUCUUAGUUCGGACGGCAAAGACCGAGUAUUUUCACUCUGUUGUUUGAUCCGAAUUCUGACCUUUCUAGCAAUGCUAACACAAGCUAAAUGUUAGCGCUGACUGUGAAUUUUCUUUUUAAUAGGGAAGUCUUCCUGUUCUUAAACAGAUUGUUUGCCUCCAGCAUGUUGUUGUUGUUGUCGUCGCCGUUGUAAAUGUUGGCGUUAUCCGGCUCGAGAACAAUCGCACAUCAUUUACAGUUAGCUGUUGCUAAAAAACCAAAACGAUGUAGAAAACUCUAAAUAAAGAAUAAUUGUUGACUUGUUAA